AUGGACAUGUCAUCCCCCUUUCUGCCGCCAAGCUCUGCUGCCCCGACGCCAGCCCCCGAUGAGGUCCAAACACCACGCGCAAUUCCGAACGGGACAGAAGAAGCGCCGAGACGGAAUCGACGGGCUCGGAACGCGUUUGAAGGCAAUAUCCCAGUUGUCACGGACCCAACUGCAGAGCGUCUACGAGAACGAUUUUAUCAAUUCCUAAAGGAAUACAAUGAGACCGUCGAGCUAGAGGAAGCGCCCGAAGAGAAUCUAUAUGUCGCUCAAGUUCGCGCCAUGGUCGAAAACGAGUUGACAACGCUCUAUGUGAACCAUCAUCAUCUGAUGGCCUUUGACCCAAUUAUUACAGCAGCUAUUGACCAACAAUACUAUCGGUUUCUCCCUCACUUGCGAUUAGCAUUGUUCGCGUUGGUCAAAGAAAUAGCCCCCGAAUAUAUCUACGAAAAUCCGAUGGGCAUUGACCUUGGCCAGACAGGCCCUAUUACAGCAGAUGGUUCCCAGCUUCAAAUUCAGUAUAAUCACCUUGUAGCACCCUCGGCAAUGCUCGCACACACCUCCCGCAAAACCAAAGACUUCCAUCUCGCGUUCCAUUCUCUGGCCCUCGUUGAUUCGAUCCGAGAUAUGCGCAUGUCCUCGGUCGGGCGUCUCACGGCUAUAUCUGGGACCGUCACGCGAACGAGUGAAGUUAGGCCGGAGUUAUUGUACGGGGUGUUUAGUUGCGCAGCGUGUCGUGCACUUGCCCCUGAAGUCGAACAGCAAUUCAAGUAUACCGAACCUUCGUUGUGUCAAAACCCGUUAUGUGGAAAUCGUGAUGGCUGGGAUUUAUCCAUUCCUCAAUCGCGGUUUGCGGAUUGGCAGCGACUACGCGUCCAAGAAAACGCGAGCGACAUUCCGACUGGGUCAAUGCCCCGUUCUUUGGACGUCGUUGUACGCGCUGAACAAGUUGAACGUGCCAAACCCGGUGACCGAUGCGUUUUUACCGGAACAUUUGUCGUCGUUCCCGAUGUGGCCCAACUCGGUCUACCGGGCGUCAGGAGUGAGAUUUCGCGGGACUCGGGGGCUGGUGUGACCGGUCUCAAGUCGCUUGGUGUACGUGAUUUGGGGUACAAGACGGCGUUUUUGGCAUGUCAUGUUCGGGAUGCGGCAAAAGCUGGACAAGUUGGUAUGGGAGAAGGGGAGAUGUUGGGGUUGGGCGAGGACCAACAGGCCGUGCUUGAUUCGCUCACUCAGCCAGAAUUCGAUGAACUCAAUAAUAUGUUUAAUACUCCGCAUAUCUAUUCCAAGUUGGUGCAAAGCAUCGCGCCCACUGUCUAUGGACACGAAAUUGUGAAAAAGGGUAUCCUCCUGCAAAUGAUGGGUGGAGUACACAAAACGACACCCGAGGGUAUGCACAUUCGUGGAGACAUCAAUAUUUGCAUAGUGGGAGACCCGAGUACGAGCAAAUCACAAUUCCUGAAAUACGUAUGCAACUUUAUGCCCCGUGCGGUAUACACGUCCGGCAAGGCCUCCUCGGCAGCAGGUUUGACAGCAGCCGUGGUCAAGGACGAAGAGUCGGGUGAAUUCACGAUCGAAGCUGGUGCACUCAUGCUGGCCGAUAACGGCAUUUGCGCAAUCGACGAAUUCGACAAGAUGGACGUCGCGGACCAAGUCGCUAUUCACGAAGCCAUGGAACAACAGACUAUUUCCAUCGCCAAGGCCGGUAUACACGCCACUCUCAACGCGCGCACUUCGAUCUUGGCUGCUGCCAACCCCGUCGGAGGCAGAUACAACCGUCGCGUCGGGCUCAGGCAAAAUGUCGCCAUGUCUGCGCCUAUCAUGUCCCGUUUCGAUUUGUUCUUUGUGGUGCUCGACGAGUGCAGGGAGAGUACGGACCAAAUGCUUGCCCAGCAUAUUGUUGGUGUUCAUGCGGACCCCGAGGGAAGUGUUCAACCGGAAAUUUCGACCGAGGCGUUGCAGAGAUAUGUUAGGUAUGCGAGGACCUAUAACCCCAAGUUUAGGCCCGAGGCUGCCGAUUUGCUGGUUGAGAAGUACCGCCUCCUUCGUCAAUCGGAUGCUACCGGUAUCGGGAAAAAUUCGUACAGGAUCACGGUCCGACAGUUGGAAAGUAUGGUUCGACUGAGUGAGGCUAUUGCGCGUGCAAACUGCACCAACGAUAUUAUCCCAGAGUUUGUCAACGAGGCUUACAGUCUUCUCAAAUCGUCAAUUAUCCACGUCGAACAAGACGAUGUCGACUUUGACGAUGCGGACCUGGAAAUGGAUAUGGACGCGGCGGCCGCAGCAGCCGACGCAGCUCAAGAGGCCGAUUCAAUGGACCCUUCAACCCCUGUACCCAUCCCCAAUACCCAAACCCAAAGUCAGCCAAAGCAGAAAAUGCGAAUCACGCACGACAAGUACAGCCAAAUGCAAGAGCUUAUCGUGUUGCACAUCGCCGAAGUGGAACAAGCUACUGGUACUGGCAUCGAGGCAAAUGAUUUGAUGGAUUGGUACCUCGAGGCUAUGGAAGACGAGUUUGAAAACGAGGACCAGAUGGAACAGGAGCGUGUGUUGCUUGAAAAGGUCUUGAAGAAACUUGUCAAGGACCGAUUCCUCAUGAUUCUCUACGGAGAUACCCAGGAUGAGUUGCUUGAUAGCGAUACCAUGCAGACCGACAGCGACGUCAACGCCGGAAAGAAGAUUGUGUAUCAUCUCCACCCCGAGGUGGAUGCCCCUUACUGCGCGGCGAACUGCAUUGAGGUCUGGAAUAAUUCGUUGGGGACAUGGAAUCACCGACACGAGGAGGGGGCUAGGAUAUAUGAAGGCCUGGGUGAGGGGCGCAAUUCCCCACUGUUGAACACCCAGAUCACUCGCAUCGCACCAACUCUCCCCGCACUCAUAUUCACACACACACUUAUGGCUACUCUCGGGUCUAUUCCUACUAGCGGUCUUGGUCUCCCCCGCAUCGACCCCACUUCUGCCUCUCACCUUGCUCGAUCCCUCCGACAGCCUACUCUCACCAAGGGAGGGAUUCAGUACAUGGCCAGACACUUUUCUCAUCCCGAGGCUUUACCACUCAUGCUCUCCGUCGGUAUGGGUGUCGGCUGCUACAUGGGCUUGCAGGCCGCAGCCAGACACAGCGCGCCCGCAGCCGAAGAAACCGAAACAUGGAGUCAAACCCACCCUGCUUGGCAGGGUAAAGGUUACCGCCUGGGUCUAACCGAAGACACAGUUCGCGAGGUCCUGUUUAGCAUUGACAUGUAG